AUGGUGUGGCUCGAGUUCGGCGCCGACGAUCACAUCGUGCCUGCGGAAGCCGCCAACGCCCACGAGGACUGGUCCGCGGAGAUGGGGAGCGCGGAGGAAAGGGGCGCACGGCCGGCUGGGGAAGGAUUGGGGGCAAGCGGAGACAUGCGGUCGGUUCGCGAAAUGGAAACCAACGGCGCGCUCGGGGAGUGGAUGGCGGAGGCUGGGGGGCGGGAUAUGGCGCAAAGGGGAGAGGAUGGCGCGCGGAAGGCGGGUAAAGGAGAAGCGGCGGACGAUUUCACGCUGCAGCAGUGCGCGGAGAGGGAGGGCGGAGCGGGGCGAAGCGGGACAGGCUACGGAUAUGGUUAUGGGAUGGGUUACGGGCAUGGGGAGUUUGGCGGUGGCAUAGGGGGGAGCGGCGGGGACGAGGGCGCGGUGAUGCGCAUGAUGGACGCGCACAUGCGCGCCAACAUGGGCAUGGAUGCUCGCGGGGGCGCUAGGGGCGUGGGCAUCGGUAUGGGGAUGGGCAUGGGCAUGGGGAUGGGGAUGGGCAUGGGGAUGGGAAUGCAGCAGAGCGUGCGCGACGGAGGGGGGAACGCGCGCGUUGCGGAAGACGCGGACAUGGGGGAAGAGGGGGAGGAGGAGGCGGGGGGAAGGGAGAGGGCGUGCGAGGGAGGUGAGGGGGGCGUGAAUGGCGGCGGGCGGGGCGGCGUGGUGGAGGGGGCUGGAGUGGGUUGGAGUGGCGGGGAGUCGGCGGCGGAGCAUAGCGGCCUCGCCCAGCGCGCACUCCCGUCAGUUCCCCGCCCCCCUCAUUUCCGUCGAUCCCCCACUCCCCCCCAAACAAACCCUCUUGCGUCUUCAUCAGUUGCCGCACUCCUCUGUUCGCCGCCUCGCCGUUCUAAUUCUUCAACGGCACCGGCGCUCCCUUCUGGCUGCGGGAGGAGCAUGGAGCGGCGGGCGGACGGUGAUGCGGAGGGGAUUGCGGAGAGGGGCGGGGAGGGCGCAAGAGAGGCGACGGCGGAGGGAGAGGACGGGCCCAGAAACAACAGUACGGGGGAGAAGGGAGGGGGAGGGGCGGUCGGCGGAGAUGCACAAGUAGGGGUGAGCGCGGGAGCGAGAGGGGAGGAACGAGGCAUGGAGCGGGGUGGGGCGGAGUGGGCGAGGGAGAGCGCGGGCGCACACGAGGGGCGCGCAGGCGACAGGCGCGAGGGGGGCGAGGAUGGGGGCGAUGCAGAGGGGAAGGUGAAGGACGAGCGCGCAGGAGGAGCAGCGGAGGCAGUGGCAGCAGCGUUGGUUGGAGGCAUGCGGAGUGGUGCGAGCGACGCGGUGAGUGGGAGUGGUGCGAGCGACGCGGUGAGUGGGAGUGGUGCGAGCGACGCGGUGAGUGGGAGUGGUGCGAGCGACGCGGUGAGUGGGAGUGGUGCGAGCGACGCGGUGAGUGGGAGUGGUGCGAGCGACGCGGUGAGUGGGAGUGGUGCGAGCGACGCGGUGAGUGGGAGUGGUGCGAGCGACGCGGUGAGUGGGAGUGGUGCGAGCGACGCGGUGAGUGGGAGUGGUGCGAGCGACGCGGUGAGUGGGAGUGGUGCGAGCGACGCGGUGAGUGGGAGUGGUGCGAGCGACGCGGUGAGUGGGAGUGGUGCGAGCGACGCGGUGAGUGGGAGUGGUGCGAGCGACGCGGUGAGUGGGAGUGGUGCGAGCGACGCGGUGAGUGGGAGUGGUGCGAGCGACGCGGUGAGUGGGAGUGGUGCGAGCGACGCGGUGAGUGGGAGUGGUGCGAGCGACGCGGUGAGUGGGAGUGGUGCGAGCGACGCGGUGAGUGGGAGUGGUGCGAGCGACGCGGUGAGUGGGAGUGGUGCGAGCGACGCGGUGAGUGGGAGUGGUGCGAGCGACGCGGUGAGUGGGAGUGGUGCGAGCGACGCGGUGAGUGGGAGUGGUGCGAGCGACGCGGUGAGUGGGAGUGGUGCGAGCGACGCGGUGAGUGGGAGUGGUGCGAGCGACGCGGUGAGUGGGAGUGGUGCGAGCGACGCGGUGAGUGGGAGUGGUGCGAGCGACGCGGUGAGUGGGAGUGGUGCGAGCGACGCGGUGAGUGGGAGUGGUGCGAGCGACGCGGUGAGUGGGAGUGGUGCGAGCGACGCGGUGAGUGGGAGUGGUGCAAGGGCGGUGAACACGUGGAGUGCAUCCCGGCAGGCCACAGUGUUGCUCCGCCCCCCUCCCCCGCCCCCACCCAAGUGGCCUACCUCUGUGCGUGCCUCACUCGUCCCACUGCCAUCCCACGUGCCUCUCGCGUCGUCCACCCAUGCAUCCACCUCUACUGCACCCCUCUCCACCUGCCCCUCCUCCUCUCUUGCCUCCACCCGCCUCUCACCCCGCGCCCUGCAACCCCCGUCCCCUGCUGCACCGGCAGCUGCUGCAACGCCAGCUCUAGCGGCAUCGGCCCUGACUGCUGUGGCUGCCGCUACCGCUGCUGGCAGUGCAGGCCCAGCGGCAGCAGGAGGGGCAGGCGGGGCGUGUGUGAUGACGCCAGCGGAGAAGAUAGAGAAGCUGCGGCGGCGGCAGCAGAUGAAGGCAGCUCAGAUGAAGGCAGCCCAGGUGCAGCUGGCUGCCACCACUGCAGGAACGCGCCCCCAGGCGUGGGCCCCGCCUGACCUGGCAGCGACUCGGCCUCUGGCCGUGGUGCUCAGCUCCAGCAACCUCGAAAGAUUCGCCACGUCAGCUUCCACGUCAGCUGCUGUAGGGGCAGGGCGAGAUGGUAGCGGCGUGGUGGCAUGGUGUGGGGCGGGCGGAGGGCAGGGCGGGUGUGCAGUGCGCAGGGGCGAGAAGGAAGGGAGCGCGGAGAGGGCGGGUGGAGCGGAAGGAGGAGGGGGUGGGGAGGGCGGGGAGGCUUCAGGCAGAGCGGAGGGGGGCGGCAGCAAGAGAGAGGAGGGUGACGGGGAGGAGGGAUCGGUGGAGCGUGUGGUGCUGGGGCAGCUGGGCGACACCAUGAGCAAGUUGGACGUGGCCACCAGGCUGCUCAUCCGCGAUGCCUUACUGCGUCUCGCCCACAGCGCCUCCCACCGCACCGCCGCUCCCCCCUCCCCGCCCAGCCCCGUGCUGCCUCCUCACUCGCCUUCCACCCACUCCGCCCUCUCCUCCCACACCCACUCCCUCUCCCUCACAUCCCCCUCACUUCGACCACACUUUUCUGAGCCUACACCUGUUGCCAACCGCCGAGCCUCAUGCACAGCGUCGGAGGCGUCGGUGGCACGGAACAGCUGUGGUGGGCGGCACUCCGCGGUGGACGCCCAUGCCGCUCCUGAGAGCACAGGGGAGGCGGGCACCAACGCACUGGACAGGGCCAUUGCCAAUCUGCUCUUCCACCGCCCCUCGCCCCCCGCCACUGCCCUGCCUGCCACUGCCACACCUGCUGCCAGUGGACUGCCCACCAUGCCUCGUGGUGCUACCGCUUCAGGGGGCGUGCAGGGAGGUGCACGAGAGGCGGUGGGGGGAGGGCGGGGGAAUGGGGAAGGGCUGUGUGCUGCACCUGCUGCCACUGCUGCCGCGCCCUGUGCUGCCAUGUCCACCCCACACUCUCACAGCGCCUUCUCACCCCGCCCUUCCCCCAUGCACAUCUCCUCGCCCCCCUCCCCCUCAGCCCCCUCGCCUUCCCCCCAAAGGCAUUCUCUGUGCUCGCCCAUCGCCACCACCUCCUCCUCUGCCCCCGCUCUCUCCCUCUCCCACUCCUGCGCCUCCCCCAUCCCCACCACCCCCUCCACCCCCACCACCACCACUACCACCACCACUAGGGAUACCACCACCACCCUUCGUCCCCUCCCUGCUGGCUCCACGUCCCUCUCUUCCCAGCAGCAGCACCACCACCACCACCAACAACAGCAGCAGCAGCUUGCCACGCUGAUGUGGCAGCCCCGCGGUUUGCCACCUGGCACACGCUGGUUACCAAGUCUAGCCAGGGCUGCUCCGGACGUCCUUAUGGAAGGCUCGGAGGCAGGUCUGGCCGAGGCUGGGGGCAAGCUGGGCAUGGGUGAAAGUGGAGGCAUGCAGGGUGGAGGAGCAGGGCGGCAGGUUGCUGGUGGGGAGAUGGGGGCGGCAGGAGAUAUUCCAGAUGGCGCCUGGCGGUGUCUCUCAGGUGCUGCUUCAGGUGUGUCUGAGGCAUCGCUGCCAUCCAGGCUUCCAGCCCUGCCUCCCACUCUCUCAGCGUCAUCAGGGCGGCCAGGUGGCAUACUGCCAUUGCCCAACAGCAUAGCCUAG